ACUUCCGUCCAAGUCAUGUGAUUGUUCAAAAUGGCGGAUUGUUUUUGUUGUUGAAUGCUGAAUCAAUCAUGAAGAAGCCAAAAACAGGAAAAACAUAUACUUUAGAUUUAUAAAAUCGUUCGGAAACGUGGAUGCAGACUAAAAUUAUCCAGGGAAAUGUGGUGGCAAAAUGUUUGUUGUUAAACCAAAAGCGAUUCUGCGACAUGUACAGGAAGGAGAGGAGAUUUUGUGGAUAAAAAAUGAUUUGAACACGAUUGAUGGAGCUCAGGCUAAUGACCCGGCAACUAUCCUUGUCAGGAAAAGCCAGCUGGUACAACAGAUCCAUCAGUAUUUUGGAAGUCUGGAGCCCAGAAAAUGCUGCCUGGCUUUAUCAGGAUGUAAAACCUCCUUCAGCAAUGUCAGACUUGUGAGGAAUGAUGGAAGAGAUUCUGGGAUUGAGGAAGGUGCUAUGAUUCGGUCCCCAGUAGAUGUAACUGAAACCUUUAAGGAACUCAAUGCACAGGCAAAGAGGGUGUUUAUGAGGGCGUACUUGUGUGCCUCCUAUCCUGUUUUGUGUGCCCCAGAACCCCCCUCACCUCUCUCCCCUCCCCCUGUACCCUCCCAGAGCAGCAAAAAGUUUCAGUUCGCAGGUCAGCUGACCAUUGUACGACCUCCGACCCCAGAUGACAGCGGGCUGGAGGAAGAUAUGUCAGUCGUCCCUGCAGACACACUUUUUGAGCUCUUAAGAAGAACUUUUCAUCUGAGCCAGGAUAAAUUCCAUCAGUAUGAGCACCAGAUUUAUAGACAACACCAGAAGAAAGAACCAAGUAAGAUCUUAGCUGAGGAACUUGUGGGACAGUUAGCUCUACUGGAAAACGAUCUGAAUCCUUAUUAUAAUCCAGAGGCAUUUAUGUCACCCCUUGGAUAUGAAUCAUGGAAGAGGAAGGAAUUUUCACACAUUGCUGAGUUGCUGAAGAAGUUUUGGCAUACUGCCUAUCCACCAUUGUCCAAUAACUACAAACAAAACCAAAGGGGAAUACUGGAAGAUUACAAGAUACUUUUGUUUAAAGUUCUCAGAUAUGAGUCACCAUAUAGGGUAGAAGGAGAUUUACUCGCCCCUGGACUUUCAUGUCUGCUGUCAUCUGCAUCUGUUAGAUUACUGAGAGAAUUCGGACUCAGAUAUGGCAUUAGAGAUGUAUACAGGAAGUUGGUUUAUCUACAGUACCUGACUGGUCACUUUGUACCUUCGGCUUGGUUUAUUCAGCAUGCUUGUAGUACUCUGUCAUCAGUGCUGGACCUGCUGCCAGCCUCAGGGGCUAGUAAUAUACUGCUAAAAGAAGAGUAUGACAUUUUAAAGAAGAGUCUAGAAGCAAUAGAGAAGCUGUGUCACUCCAAUAUCUGUAAGAUGAAGAGUUUGUUUCCUAACAACAUACCCUCCGAUGGCUUAGAUUCCUUAAUUUAUUUGGUAACUUUGACUCGGAGGGGCUGUGAGUAUCUUCGUGACAAGAAAGUGUCCAGUGUAGAAGUAUUCCUCAAAAACUGUGUACAGAGCAUUUUUCCAGUGUGCUAUGAGGAGCAUAAAAUUGUAGCAAUAAAGGAUUUACAUCAGAAAGGGAUUGGACUCUCACCGACACUGAUGAACAAAAUGAUUUGUAAGAUGAGGGAUGAAGUCAAGGAUUACAGAGACCACUACCAGGAGACUUUUGAGAAAUAUUUCAACAUAACAUUGAUGGCUGCCCAAAGCUUGUACCACCUACUGAUGAGAGAUGUAGAAAAAGUUUGUCAAAAUCAGCCACGGACUGGCGACAUAGACAAGUGCAUGCUGGGACUGGCCUAUAGACUGGACCAAUUGGAUCGUUCCUGGGUCGCCUUCAUCUCCGAGGAACAGCAAACUUGGAGAACUUGGUUUGAAAAAAUGCAAGUUCACUGGAUUGAGUUUCUCACACUUAAGCUAAACAAAUUUAUGCAGGAGGCAGUGUCAAAAGACAAGUUUAGGAGAGCAAUAGUUGAUAAUAUUGAUAACAUCAUUGAGACUCCCUCCAGUUCCCUGUUGGGACACAGGAUCCGAUCCGUGUCCAGUAAGUCCAUUACGCCGUCCCUCAAUAGUGCCUUCAGUGGUCUGAUGUCCAGCUCUCUCCACUCCACUCCGCUCCACAGUCACUAUACGCCAGUCCAAAGACAGGAUACAAAAGAGAAACAUUCCCACUCUAAACAAAUCAAAGACUCUUCUUCAGGCAGAUCUGGUGCCUGGUUCAGUAAGAUGCAUGUUUCCUCUUCAGCCCCAGGUCCAUUUGGGGACACCCAGUCCCUCUGUGAGUUUUCAGAGGAGGAGGAGGAGGGAGGGGUCAUGACCUUUUCUAACCUCCGACACAGUUCCUCUGUCCCAGAGAUGUUGAGUAAGAGUUAUGACCAUCAUCUUGAUGUACCACGGCCUGGUUUAAAAUUUCCAAACUUAAAAAGUGACGGAAACGGGUCGGAAGACUUCAAGAAAUUGUUGAAAAUAAAUAGUUCAGUAAGAACUCCACCUGCUGGUAAUUUUGACACAUGUGACAACAGGGAACUAUCAGACCACCUGAAAUCUAGUGCAGAUGAUGAAAUUGUUGAUAUUAUUCAAGGUGAUUUAAAAAAGGAGACCAACAAUAAAUUGGAUAGGGAAUUCAAACCAGAAGAAACAUCAGAUUGGCAUGAACAUCAGCCCACUGAAAAAAGUGCAGGAAACGAAACUGAAUUGACCCCAACAAAUGAUUGUCAUCAACAACUACUGAGUGAAAAUGCCAUGCCUGUUGGUGACAGUUACCAUGGUGAUGGGGGAGAUCAGGAUUCGUUAGCGGGGGAGUUCACCCAGUCUCUGGAGGAGGGGGAGGGGAGGGAGGGGGACCAGGAGUCCAUGUCCAGCACACAGGACUCUCCCGGACAAAAUUUUGAUUUCCCACCCAUGGUUGAAGUUGUUACUCUGGACAGUGAAAAAUUAAUUGAAAAUGAACCAACUCAGAAAGCAGAAAGGCAGCAUGUACACGAACAGCGUGAAGUUUUAUUGUCUACUAAAGAAAACAAAGAUCCUGGAUCCUCCUCUGAAGUAGAUAGUUCCUCCCCUGAGAAUCAGACCUCAUCCUCUGAUAAUCAGGUUCCAUUAAGUCCUCUUAAGAAGGCUUACAUUCCUGUGUCUAGUUCCCUGUUUGAUGUGCUGAUUCUCCUACAGCGGACAAUUGGCUUCAGUAAAACUCUCUGUCAGACAUUCUAUAAAUCCAGUCAUAGGACGUCAGACUUUGAGAGUUCCUUCUCCUCCUCCACGACGACUAGCAGCUGUUAUAGUGGGGAAAUCAGGAGAAAACUUUACACUAGAUUUAACGAGGUGGUUUGUUCUUUACUGAUGGAUUAUGCUGACAACAUUCUGUGUUUGGAUCUCUGUGGUACUACUUGUAACGAGGGAAUAAGACUGGUGGGGACAGAGUUGGUGAGACAUCUUCAGAAGUAUAAGCAGUCGGGUAAGGUCUGGGGAUGUCGCCAUCAGAUUGGAGGUGUCAGGGACUGCUUCCAGUACGUCAACAGACGGACCGACAUGUUGUGUGAUCGGUACGAGCCCAUCACUCAGGCUAUGUGUGUCCGCAUGAAUAUUGUGUCUUCUCUCCUGUCUUUUCAUGAAGUCUUUCACAAGAAGUUGGCCUCUGUUUUUAAUUAUGAGUGGAGCCAGGUCUCUCCUGCAGAAUUCUAUGACCUCCCUGAAGGCACCUGUGAAAAUUCCAUGGAGGCAUGCAAAAUUCACUUUCAGGCUGUUGUGAGGUCUUUGGCAAGACUUAUGGCAUAUCGAUUAAAUCUGUUUGUGUACAAUGCCAUGACGAUGUUCCUGGGCCAGAGAGACGCGAGGCGUAAUGUGACCCAAAGCCUGGCUCCUCUCACACAGUUCCUCAGCUCCUACAUUGACCUCCUCAAUCAGUGGCUGUAUCUAGACAACUUCCAUAUUGUCAUGGAAAAUCUGUGGAUUUUCAUUGUGCAGAAUUUUGAGAAAGAAGUUAUUAAAUUGGCACAUAGUGAAAAUUCUUUGGAAGAAGCCAGGCAGUUGGUACAGGCUUUUACUAUUUUGCUGAAGUUAAUGUCCAGUAAAGAUACAGGAAUUCAUCGGAAUCUUCUGCUGUCACAGGCUGAGCCUGUAAUGUUUAAGCUUCAGAUCUAUACAACAGCCAGCCAUCAGCUGAUCCAGUUGUACGAAAAACUUACAGAACAUUACUAUGGGUCUGACACUGUUAGUAUCUGUACUAUUGAUGGUACUGUGAAGACUAUCCUCCACAGAAUCAGAGAGGACCUGCUCAUCUACAGGAAGUGCUUCAGUGGCAGCCAUCUUGUCACCUGGAUAACACACCACCCAGAACUCUUCUAUCAGUUUGAUCCUGAUUUGGAGAAUACAAGCAGCAGUAAAGAGAAGAGGUGGACCGCUAUAUCUAUAGCCGAGUCACUCCUUAGGGCCGGAGUUAUUGUAGAUAUGGACGCCAGUGAUGAGACAGAUUCUGAGGAAGAAGAUGAUUCUACUGAUUUUCCAGAAAUCAGCAUUGCUGGUGGAAAUGGAACGUCUUUUCCGUGUGAUGGAAAUUUUUCUGCUUAUAACACCCCACGAGCAACACCUGUAUCACAUCCUGACCAAGAUGAGCACCAAAAACAAAUGUCCUCCAAGAAAAGAUCUCACUACCUGAGUCUUCAUUCUCAUUUACGAGGAACGCCCAUUCUUCAGCAUUGCCCAAGGCCACAAGAUCCCCAUUCAAGCCCCAUGAUACAUCACAGUUUACCAGUGAAACAAUCUGAAACAGUCACACCUGUAGAGGAAAGCAUCCAGUCUGAAAAUGUGAGGUCCACUUUACAUCAAAGCCACAGGGCACAUGUUCUGAACUCUCCUGUAAAGUUAACCCAGUCUCUUAAAGGUCAGAGAAACCCAGUUCUUCCUGCUCCCCAAACAUGCAAAGGUAGUGAAUUGUUAAACAGCCAGAGAGAACAAACAGUGAGGGAAUGUGAUAUUCAGGAAGAUAGACCUUGUACAUCUGGUGAAGCCAAAACUAAUCCAGGAUCCACACCAGAGACUCAGAAUGUCCUGGAUUACCGGGACAUUAAGGGCUGGCAUUUCCCUUACUGCGCUACACCAAAUCUGAAUGAGAGUGUGUUAAACAGUUCAUUCCAAGACAGUGAAUUCUUAUUUGAGGACAGUCGCAGGAAGUAUUAUCGUAUAGCGAGUUUUGCAGACAGUCUUAAUCCGAACAGCUCCCCCAGCUCUGAGGAACUCAACAAUCUAGUCGAGAAAUGCUUCGAAACUAAGAUUGCUCCUGAUUUUGUGUUCCGUAUUUUGUUGAGUAGGAGAAAAUUUGAGGAUGUUGCCCAGAAUUAUGUUGAUAAACAUACCCAAGGAGAGAUGAGGGAUUUGUCUUGUGAAGUCAGUUAAAUAUUUUCAUGGAUUGUCCUUUAUCCCUGUGCAAUAUGUAAAAGUCUUUCAUUAUUGUUUUUUUACAUGAUUUACUUAAAAUUAGUAUAUUUUAUCCAGAAUCAUUCCGGUUUUUAUAUUCUGUAAGAUACAAUGACUGUAUUCACUAUUGCAUGAAUUUAGAAUGCUUUCAUUUCAUGAACAAGUAUAAAAUAAGAGAUAUGGUUUAUUUUGCUGAAGGCUCUAUAUGUCUGUAAAAACAUGUAAAAAAAAAAUUCAAAGAGAAAAUCUUAUCUUUAUUACCAAACAAAAGAUAGAAAUGAAUUUAAGUAAUGAACUAGAUGUUCUGUGAUUUAAAGUAGUUUACAUGCUUAACUCAAAUCUGACAAAAACAGAACAAGAAGUUUCAUUUUUAAGACAUAAUUAAUAGGUUCACCAAUUUUUAAGUUCUUUAUAUUUAAAAUACAUGUUUAGUACAUGUACAUUUUUUUUAAACAGAAGUAAAGUUUUUGCUAAUGAUGAAAUUUUUUUUGUAAAAAUGUACAGUGUAUAUUGUAUGCAACAUUUAAAAGGAGAUAUAUCAGGUGCUUAUUAUUCCUUGAAUACUUUAUAACAAUGCAGCUAAAAAACAUGGACAUUGUGCCCUCUUACUUGUUUGUAUGAUGUUUUCACAGGAAGAUAGACUUGAUUUUGAUUAAGAUAAAUAAUUUUGUUUAAGGUAUGAUAGCAUCUAUACUUUUAUAAUUGGUAUGUGUAAUGUUAUAUUUUUGAUGAUGUUUAUGGUAAAUGUGUUCAUUUUCAUAAGCUGUGAUUAUAUUGCUUGUGAUAAUUACAUAUCAUAUCAUUAUAUUUACAUUUUCAAUUUUUUUUUUUUUUUUUUUUUGCAAGAUUCUUUACAAAUUAGAAAACUGUGUUUUCUCUUGAACUUACAUGGAUGUUCAUGAAUAUCUCCAUUGGUAUCUCCAUACCCUAAUUAAUGCCAAAACAAACUUUUUUGUUUUAAAAAUGAUAGUUGAAGGGCAUACCUUGAGGCAACUUAUACAUAAUGUAAGAUAAUUUAAUUUUUUGAAAAUUCAUGAGGUACAUGGACUAUAACCAAAGGUGGAUCCAGGGCCAGUGCUCUCAACCCAUUUGAGGCUUUAAUAAAGCCCCAAGACCCCCUGCCUUCUAAACCACCCCACCCCCUACCCCCCAUUAUGAAAUUCUUGAUCCGCUUCUGAUAACCCUUCAUAUUUAUUGAAUCAUUAACAUGCUUCAGAAUUAUGCCAAGUUUGAACAUUGUAGUUCAUACCCUAAUGAAUUUUCAAAAAAUAAUUCAAAAACAUAUACAUGUGUACGUACAUUCUUAUGUCAUUCAGACUACAUCUACCAAAUAUUGUUAC